AUGAUCAAUACGAAUGUAGACGGUCCCCUCGCAGGCACCGAGGCUGGAAAUCUGUUGUGCGAUUGGUUCUGGGAUGUGAUGCAGCGUUUCGGUGCCGAGCGGCGUGCCAAGCUCCUGCAGUUUGCGACGGGGUCGUCGCGCGUCCCGGGCGACGGGUUCCGUGGGCUCGAGCCGCCCUUCUGCCUCUACCUCUGCGCGGGGCCGGCGGAGCGGCUGCCGACGGCGAGCACCUGCAGCAACCAGCUCAACCUCGCACCCUACACCUCGCGCAGCAUGCUCAUCGACAGGCUGAGGGUGAUCUGCUCCGCCGAGGCGUCGCUGGGCUUCGGCUUCGUCUGA